GUGUCGCUUGGCAGCACAGCACUCGCCUCUCCCGGAAGUUGUGCGAGCUGCAAAUAUAGUGGCGGUUUUUAUGUCUUUUCUGGUCUCAAGCUCUACAGUGCUGUUGGUGAGGGUGAAGAUACAUUAGAAGAAAACAGAUGGCUCCCCAGGCUGCGGUCCAGGUGACACAAGCUUGGCUGCAGUCAUCCUGGCAUGUGAAGGUGCCUUUUGCCUGGCUGGAAGCAUGCGUGGAGUGGCUACAGGAGGAGGCCGGAGGAGCAGGUCGUCUGUCGCAGCAGCAAAUUAACCAACAGGUCCUUGACCAGUGGCUCUUGACGGACCUGAAAGACUUAGACUACCCUGUUCUCCCAGAAGGAUUAUCUCAAGCCCAGAAGACUGAGCUCAGCGGUGUGUUUUGUGUCCAGGUUGACUCAUUGCUGGAUAUCAGUCAGCCUGCGUAUGGUCAGCUGCAGAAAUGGAAGGGCACAGACUGCUCCAAUGACGACGUAUCUGCUGUCACACAGACCACUCAGAGACCGUGGGAGGCCAGACCCACACGCAUGCUCUUACUGCAGGUGACUGACGGAGUCCAGAGUUUGGAGGCCAUGGAGUAUCAGCCUGUCCCUGCACUGAGCACUGCUCUCAGGCCCGGUGUGAAGCUGCAGUUGCAAGGGCAGAUGUUUUGCAGACUCGGGAUGCUUUUGCUGGGGCCAUCCAAUGUGAAGGUCCUGGGCGGGGAAGUGGAAGAGAUGUCUGAGAGGAACAACCAGGGGAGGGUACUGUGUCGGACCCUGGGACUUCCUGAAGAGCAGGAGCGAGAGGAGGAAGUUGGGGCUGAUGCUCACCAGUCAAACCAAGCUGAUGCCACAAACCAGGGAGACCUGGAACUUGAUGACCAAGAGCUGUUGGCCAGCCUGGAGGCCCAAGAGGAGGCGGCAGAGGACAUGGUGAAUAGGCUUCCGGUUAGGCCGCCUCACGACAGCGGCUACAGGACACUCAGCCAGUUUUCCAGUCAGUCCUCCAGAAGUUCCACUGUCAGGAGUGUCUCAUCCAGAAGUGAAGCCUCUUCCCGCCCCAACACGAGUGCAUUCAGUUCAUUCCAAAGCCGUCGCCCUAGUAACGAGCAAGAGGACUACGACCUCGUCGACCCCCGGGCUUCCGACCACGUGACCCCGGCCGACGAAGACUUUCCCGACGAGGAUUUUGACGAGCUGACCCUGGAGGAGUUGGACAGUGUGGUCUUCCAGGGGGGCGCGGAUGUGGAGAGGGGCCACGACACGGCGACCUCCCAAAACAGAGAAUGCGUCCUUUCUCUUGAACAGGAUGUCGGUGACAUCAUGGAGGACGAUUUGGACUGCUGUCUCGUCGAAGCUCAAUCCCAUGAAGUGGAAUUAGAAGGUGCUCACAGCCAAUUACGUGGAAAUGAAAUCGACGCGUUCUCUAUUAGGAAAUGUGAGGGCUCCCAUCGUGCGGUCCAGGGAGAAAGUCACGCCUCCAGCACUGCGGAGCGUAAUAGAAUGCCACCAAAAAAUGACCCCAUCACUCUGUCCUCGCCUCCAUUUACAUACCUGUGCCUGCUGGAGGACAUCUUCUCCACACCGCAACCCCCUACCUCCACAAAGGUCCUCAUCAAAGCCUUCAUUGUCACCCUCUUGGGCAAACUGAGUGCCAACAACGGCCUCUGGCGAAUCUGCGCCACCGUGUCAGACGGAAGCGGCUACCUGGACGUGGAGCUCUCCGACCAGGUCCUGACGGGCCUGCUGGGUUUCUCGGUGUCAGAGAAAGGGGCCAUGAGGCGAGACCCGGCCCGCAGGGGCGAGCUGGACGCCGGAAUGAGGCGAUGUCAACAGGAGCUGGUGGACAUGUGCUGCCUCAUGACCAUCGAGGUGGUCGCCGAGGGCGGCAGGAGAGCGGUGGUGACCCGGGCCGAGCCUGUCAGUGAGAGGGUCCACCGGGGGCUGGAGGAGAGGGUGAGAGACGGGAGGAAAUGAGAGCUGGAGAGGGAGGGCAGUAAUGAGAGCGAACACACUGCUGGAUGUGAAAAUGAGAAAAGCCAAAUGUGGCAUUUUACAUCAGCACAAGCCUAAGAUGUCUUUUAAUGAGACUUUUUUUGGGGGGGGGAUGAUCAAGCCGCCCUUCUGCUUCCAAUCUGGAGGAGACAACGUGUGAACUUGAAAUCCAUGCCGCAAUGCAUCCCAUCUGCUAUAUGUGAAUAUAACAUGCUGUCAUUCAUUCAUGCAUUCACACAGCUAUCUCCUGCAUGCCAUGCCCUCCAUCGGAUAUGGAAAAAAAAAUGUGAAUUUCAACUAAAGCAGGACCGAAAAUUAUAAUUGUAAAGAGUAUUUAAAACUAUAACGGCUUUGGAGUGGAGAAAAAGGAAUGGCGUUUAUACUCAGAUUGCUGUAAUGAAUUGCCGGCUUUGCAUUCAUUCAUUACCUCCAUUAGGUCCCACUGGAAAAUAAUUGAAUAUGCAAGGGCAGCACGGGUCUUCAAUAAAGUCGCCCCGGGAGGGGAAAUAAGAGGAAAGGAAAAUGAGGAAGCGGCCAUGAUUUUCGAUUCUUUCUGUUCAUUACUGGUCCUGACGACGUCAUGCGGCACUGUUUGCGCUUCGUUAAUAUCAAGAGCAUGCAGUUGUUUUUUAAGUCUUGUUUCUUUACCUUUUCUUUCUUUUUUUUUAAUAUCAAAUAAAUCUUUCCAUCUCAGCGAGUCUGUCGAGUUCUCCGGAUUAGAUGAAUAGCAAACCACCUUGAAACAGUUUGUUUCAAGGUUUCAUUAAAUGCAGCCUCUUAGGAAACACUCAAAAUUUAAAAAGUGGACAUUCAGAGGCAGAAAUCUCUAUCAGGAAAAUGUUCGUUCAGUGUGUGUGUGUGUAUUAACUAUAGUGCAAGUUAUUGGUGUACUAAUAUACAGUAUUUGCUAUAGUGCAGAUUAUAGCUUUACCAUCUGUAGUCUGUAUUACUAGGGAUGUCCAAUAAUAUCAGCCCACUGAUAUUGGCUGAUAUUGGUAUUGGGUUUUUCCCUAUAAUGAAAACCAAUCAUAAAAAACUGCUUUGUAUAUAUAGGUCUAUGGGCUCCCAUACUUCGCCGCAUCCAGCGGCACCAAUACGUGGAAAUAGUUGUGUUAUUCCUCGCAGUCGGAACUGGGCUUGAUGUAUUGAAACCACGGGCGUGGAUGUGCCACAGAUAGUACCGACCGAGGUAGGUGACACCAAUCAAUUUACUCUCCACCCGACAACCACCAACAAUUCUGUAGCAAUAGCUAAGUGGCUACAACAACCUCAUGACCCGGAAACUGAAGUACGGUCGGUCGGUACUUUAUUCAUCUCCAAGAGAAAUGUCUAAAACAAUAUUGUGGGUCACCACAAUGUGUUAAUUCCACGACACGAGAUACCGUAUGUGAUGUUUAUGAGGAUUGACUGCUGAUGAAAUGAAAAAUAAACUGAUCGUCACCAUUUUCUUGCUUUUGCGUGGCACAUUACACCGACUGGACAUUUGAUUAGGUAAGGAUGCCCCUUCUAAUAAGAUGCAGUAGAAAGCAAACAUUGCUGCGGGGCUGUUUGUCUGCUAAGGGCACAGGAAGACUUGACCGCAUUAAGGGAGGCCAUGUCUUGCAGAAUCUUAGAUGGCUCAGCCAGACCACUGAGGAUGGGACUUUCGGCAUGACAGCGGCCCAAAACAUAAAGGGGUGGCUCAAGAAACCGCACAUAAGAUCCGGAGUGGCCUAGUCAGUCUCUGGACCUCAGUCACAGAGAAAAUCUGUAGCGGGAGCUGAAAGUUUGAGCUGCCAAGCGAGCUUGGGGAGUUUGGAGGGUGUCUAAAGAAGAGCGGACCAAAAUCUACCUCCUGAGACAUGUGCAACCCUGGUGACCAACUCCAACAAACACCUGACCUCUGUUCCUGCCAAUUAGUCGUUUUUUCCUCCGGGAUGAAAUUCUUGCGAUCAAUUUCUAACCUUUAUUUAAUAUAGUUUUUUCUGGACUAUUCAUAUGUUUGUACAUGAACAGGGGGUGAAAGACAGUAUAUACGGUAUGUUUACAUUGGUAUACGUAUUCAUGCGGUUCAUGGCCGUGUGCUUGCUGCCGCACGCCACUGUGUGCACUUCCAUUCGCCUCGCUGGUCUUUCUUCAUUAGGGACUAAUCAGUUUGAGCAUCUAAUUUCCAGACCCGACUAUGCAUGUUGAUAGCCUGUUAUGUGCUAAUGGGUCUGAAUGGGACCACGGUGGCGGGGGCUCAGGCGACCUCACAGGGAGGCAGUGACUACCAACGACACGUGGAGAGGGGACUGCCGUCUCGCCCAGCGGACAUGUAUGCUUUAUACCAGGGGUGUCCGAACUGCGGCCCGCGGCUGUUUUCUUUGUGUUGCAGUCAGCAGUAAUUUGACAAGAAUAAAGUCAAAAUAUUAAGAAAAACAAGUUUUAAUCUAAUGGAAAACAGUCGUAAUUUCACAGGAAUAAAGUAAUAUGAGUCAUUUUAGUCGGAUAAAGCGGACAUAUUAAAGAAAAAACAAUUUUUUUAAGACAUAAUUUGAGAAACAAGCAAAACAAAGAAUUAAGUUGUAAUUUUUGGGAAAUUAGGAUGGAGAAUAAGUUGGGAUGAAGUCAUAAUAUUACAAGAAGAAAGUUGAAAUACUUGUAAAAUUAUGGUUGGAAAAAAGCAACAGCGGAAAUGGAGAAAAACGGUAGAAAUUUUACACGAAUAAAGUCAAAAUAUUAACAGAAAAAAAGUUUUCCAACGAGAUAAAAAGCUGCAAUUUUAUGUGGGGAAAAAAUGUCAUUUAGGAGCAUAGAGAUUAUAUAUUACAGAAAAGAUGAUUAAAAAAAAAAAGAUGUAAUAUGAGAAACAAAAAAAGUUAUGUUUAUAGUUAUAAAAAGUGAUAAUAGUAAAGUCAAAAUAUGAGGGGAAUAAAGUCAUAAUGGUACAGUGUUCCCUCGUUUAUCGCAGGGGAUAGGUUCCCAAAAUUGCCCACAGUAAGUGAAAUCCGCAAAGUAGCCAACUUCAUUUUUUGACAGUUACAUGUUAUAUACAGUAUGCAUGUUUUAAGGCUGUAAAACCCCUCACCAUACACUUUAUACACGUUUCUCAGACAGACAAUAACAUUUUCUCACAUUUCUCUCUUGUUUAAACACUCUCAAAAAAGUUCAAACCUUCGUUUGACUUUUAAUGAUCAACCUACAGGUUGGACACAAGAAAUGAUGAAGUCACUCGCACGUAUUUCACUCCCGUGACCGUGCCCUUUCGUCCUGGCGCCGUUCCACUGUACUGUAGCGUUUACGUAGUACUUGCAGUACUCCUCCUUCGAGCCUAAGAUUCAUUUACAAGCUAGCAAACAAGCAAGCUAGAGAUGACACGGGGGACACGGCGGGGCGGCGUGGAGGAGAUUGAUUGACAAUGGUCUACAGAGGACACAACAAGUGUGACGCAAGGGCCAUUUGUGGAACGUGGCUCACUGCAGAAAUAAAAUAAACAAAACCCCAGCAAAAGUGGGAAAAUAGAGCAAAAAGGCAUAACGUAACUAGAAAAAGCUAAAAUGUUGAUGCUAAUAAUAAAAACGCAAUGAUUUGUCUUUAAGCAUUUUUAAUUAUAAAUAUCAAAGAUUGGCUGGGGACCAGUCCAGGGUGUACCCCGCCUCCCGCCCAAAGUCAGCUGGGAUAGGCUCCAGCAUACCCCCGCGACCCUAAUGAGGAGAAGCGGCCUAGAAAAUGGAUGGAUGGAUGGGAUAUGAAAGGACAGCGCUGACGUAAAUAGACAAAGACAAGAAGAUAAGAGGAAAACAGUGAGCUGGCAUUGCUCAACUACAGCCAGCAUUUCAAGAAAUGCUGCAAACGUUUGUCAGACAGUACCGAUUGCCUGUGAGAAAAUACAUGUCACAAACGCCAAUUCCGCAAAUUUACAGAGCGAAAGAUGACGUAUUAAAAAAAAUUGCAGUAUUAUGAUAUAUUAUUUGUUAUUAUUAUUAGUAAUAAACAUUUCAAAACGGACCUGCAUUGUUUUGUGACUCGGUUAAAUAUAUUAAUGUUAAAACCUCAUCUUGUCUCGCGGACCCGAUCUCGAGCAUCGUCUCGUCUCGGGAGCUGGGUGUCUCGUGACACCCCAGCGAUACAUUAGGCCCCAUAACGACCGUAUAGCCUAGCUUCUAGCUUUGCAGCACGUGUGCGUUCAGAGCAAAACAAGGCGUUCAAAGUGCUUCCCAUGCAAAUUAACGCGUGCGAUGCAGCGGACAUGAAAGGUAACUCGAUUUCCAAAGUUCCCGUGCUCGGUCAGUGUUAACUGUGUGGCAGACACUGUGUGCGUGUUUUGCAAACAGCGCAUCAAUAAUGACUUCCACUGCAAUUCAUUUGACAGGAUGCAAUUAGAGUUCAUGUCAGAGCCGCUCGAUAGACCAAAGUUUGGACACCCGUGGCUUAGAAUAUAUGACAGCUACAGUAGGAAAUAGUCAACCUUCCCUCCACAAUGUACACGCGGUGACAAAACACAGACCGCAUACUCGAGGAGCGGCACGAGAAAGCGCUUUUCCGCCCUAAUAGCUUUCCAUUUGCCAUAUUACUAACGUGAUUAUGUUAGUCCUCCACUUGUGUCUCGGGAGCCGCAGAUGUAGUUGGAGAUAAAAAUCCGCGUUCAUUCCCCUUUUAGUUGGAAUGAAUCUUUCUUUCCCCCGAUUGCAAAUAGCAGCCGAGUGCAAGAAACCAGAGAUGGGAGGGCCGGUGCCCAUAUGGGAGAGAGCACUGCGCUAAUUUGUCUAAUGGCCCUGUACAGCUACAUGCACUGUACGCCUUCCAUCAUCAAGGUAAAAAGCACAUGAACAAUCCCCAAAAAAAUCUUUAAAAAAAAAAAGAAGCCUGCGCAGCUGCAAUUUUCUCUGCCCUAUUACGUUUUGUAAUGAAAAAUCCUUUCUGAUGAUUCUAGCUCUCUUUUAGGGCCGACAUGAAAAUGUGCCCCGGGCUUGAGGAUGUGAGUCAUUAAAGGAAGAAAAAGUACAAGGAAAUUGAACUUAAACUAUAUUAAACUUUUGCUUUGUUUCGGCUCAUCUGGAUGGAGGGGCUUGAAAAGAGGAACGGACACGGGAGCCUUUUUGCCUCUUCACGGAGCGUGCUCUUCAUCUGAAAACUUUCCACUCCUGAUUUCCACGCUAAAGUCGGAAGACGGUUUCUGAGAAACUCAUUUUAAACAAAGAAUGUUGGAGGAUUGUGGGAAUAAAAGACAUAUUCCCAUGAGGAUUCUUUCAAUGUUAUUUCAUGAGAGUAAAAAUGAAUUAUCACAAGAAGCAAGGUGUAAUCUAAGGAAAAAAGCUGUCAUUCUAAUCAUGAAUAAAAACAAACGGUGACUUUUUCGUACCCUCGGGACUGUCUCACCGCGUCCGACCUCAGCAGCAGUGGCGCGCCGCGAGAAGCCGUGCUCAUGCAGCGCGACAGUCCGACGGCGUUCAAACCGAGAAAGCUUUUUUGCCUUUGCCAUCAAGAGACCACGGCCAUCGUGAAACAUGUGAAACCUGAGAGAUGACGACUUUUAAAGGCUGUGAUCUUAAACGUCUGGUCAGCUGAUCAACAGCUGAUGAUAUUCUCACGUUGAUGCUUGUUUGCAUCAGAACAUGUUUUUGUCUCACUCACAUUGAUGCAUUUUGAAGCUUUACUUAGAACCUCCUUAAGAUCCAACAGUGCAAAAUGUCAAUUCUUGACAUUUUUCAACUGGUCUUCAAGGAAAACUGAACUUUUUUGGAAUUGUGCCCGUCAUCCACAAUCCAUCCCAUAUUUCUUUCCAUUUUCUGGGCGUUCCAACAAGAGAAAACGAGUUAGUGUGACUUAGCUAACAUUGCAAGUCAUGCUAGGUACCUACUUCGACUACGAAGCCCUCUGAAAAGCCUCUAACAAGGUUUUAUGGUUUUAUAUGCACGCUGUGAUCAUGCAUUAACAAGUACAUUGAUGAUAACGUGUGAUACUUUCAGUAUGUUGCCGUAUUUUGAUGAUCCUAGGCGCAUUGAUCUCGUGUUACUCUGUCAGAUAAAUUUAGCUUUUCGUGUUAGCUGCUACGAUAACAACAUCGCUGUAGCUCGGUUAACAUGCAGGUCAGUUACGUAAAUGCAACACUGUGGGGCUUGAGGUACCUCGCGUGACGUGCAUAGUUAGCUGGCUCAUACUAACUCCUUUUCUCUCAUUAGAACGCACAGAAAAGGGAAAGACAUAUGUGUUCAUGUUUCACAUACGGAUUGUGAAUGAAUAAAAAGCGCAGUUUUCCUUAAAAAUUUAGAUCAGGAGUGUAGCGUAUAAAAAGCCGUAAUUUUUAGAUUUGAUUAAAUGACAAAAAUGAAGUUAUAUCGCUAGGAGAAAAAGUGGUAAAUACGAGGAAAACUCAAUUUCGUGGGAAUAAAAUAAAAAGACAUUACAAGCAGUUGGAAUCACGCAGCGUAUUAAUAACACGACAACGCCCAAUAUUGCACGACAAACGAAAAAGUGUAGGCGUAAGCAAUAUAUUCGUCUUAAACUGCGUACAUUUUGCACGCUAACCAGGGCGUACGCUCACCGAGGCUCCUGGGGAGCUUGUCUUGGUCUUCACAAGCAAUGACUGUCGUGCUAUCAGGCUUCAACUUACUACAUUGUUGUACGCUUCUUUCCGUGUCAGUGUGGCCUAAUAAUCACUUAUAGAAAAAAAAAAAGGAUUUCUCCGGAUGUCAUUUCCGCAAUUAAGUAGAAACAAUUCAUCCCGUCUGACCUUUCAGCGAUGGCUCAGGUGAAUAAUCAUGAAGGAGGCUUAAUGGAAAAGCCCAUUAUGUCUCCACGGGGCAACUUUUGAAAGAAUGCAGACAGGUGAUUGACAAGCCCACAAUGCUACGCAGUGCACUCGUAUACUGCUAAGUCAUUACUACCGUUUCAAUACAAGCUCCAUGCAGCAGCCAAACAGGCCUUGAAAGAGACGAGCGCGAGGGAGAGCAUAGAAAGAGACCAAUGAGUGAUUUUUGUGUCAAGGGAAAGAAUGGCUUUGCUCCCCCACUUGUCUUUUUUUUUUUUUUUCCUCCACACAGACAAGACUGGCAGACAAGCGGGUCAUUAGGAAGGUAAUUUGACAAGCUGUGCACGGAGCUUUUCUUUGCACCCUUUACACCUCUCCAACAUCAUCAAGUCUUGUUUUCCUCCCUUACUUAUUAUUAUCAUUAAUGCAGCGGCUGAAAAGACUUCAGAAGAAGACGGACAAAAAAAAAAAUUCAAAAUCACGUCAUGUUCCGAGGCGCCUGGCGCCAUCCCAUCAGAAUUUAGUAGCACAUGCAGAGGAUCCCCGCACAUUUUUGGCCUGCUUUGGUUGGUUGGUUGAAGUUGAUUAAAGUGCACUCCAAAACCAAUGGCCGUUCCUUCGACAACGCAUUCCACAAAGAUGGCCGACACGCUGCCCUAAAAAAACUUUCGAUUUUGCUAUAAAAGAGUGCUAUUCUAUUUUUAAGGGUCUACUGCAAAACACGAGGUUCCCAAAGUGGGCUACGUGUACCCCCAGGGGUACACCAAUUGUAAUAAGGGGUACGUGAAUAAAAAUGAAAAACAAACGGCGCCAAACACUCACAAUUACAAGUGCGCCUGAACACCUCACGCCGCAAGGAGAACGGAGCAGAAAGGAGACAGAGCAUGAAGUUGUUCAUUGAUAGACUACUAUACUGUAUUUUUCACGUUUUUCUUUCAUCUUAUAUUUGGUCCCCAGUGCUGAUACUAUGUGGGAAUGCAUAAAGGUAAGAUUUGAUGACGUUAUUUAGUGCUAAUGAGCAUAUUUGUCCUGUCCACAGCCAAUGUUCCCGCUAUACGCUAAGCCAACAUGUACUACGUAACGCGUUGCUAAUGAAUUGAUUGGCUGUGGAAGUAAAUAAGUACCAACAGGAUGUCAUCAUUGACUGGACAGUGUUCGUCACUGUGGUGUUUUUGUCGCCUGUCACUCACCGAGUUGCAUUGCAAAAUGGUACAGAAUAAAUUAUGAUUUUAUUUUAUUUACAGUUCAGGUUGGAUUAUAUUUUGUUGCACUGCAAGGAUUUGCAGUGGAUUGAAUUCAUGCUAGCACAUGCUAGCCUGCUAUCACACACAUACAACAGUGACCUUAUCAUCUUGUCUCUGGAAAACAAACUCCAGACUUGUGCUGAUGGACGGUGGCUCUGUAUUCAUUUUGUGCUUUUAACUUGAUGCUGUUGUUUUACACGCUGCAUAAUAUAUAAAUAGCAUUUGAUCGCUAUAAUGAUGUACAACAAGCUGUUGGUCAAGGUCAUGCCACAUGAAGCAGCAAAACAGUCCCAGACCAUCACACUACCACCGCCAUAUUUUACUGUUGGUGUGACGUUCUUUUUCUGAAAUGCGGCAUUACUUUUAUGCCAGAUGUAAUGGGACACACACCUUCGGAAAAGUUCAACUUCUGUCUCAAAGGUCUCGGGGAUCAUCAAGAUGUUUUCUGGCAAAAUUAAGACGAGCCUUAAUGUUCUUUUUGUUCAGCAGUGGUUUUGGUCUUGGAACUCUGCCAUGCAGGCCGUUUUUGCCCAGUGUCUGUCUUAUGGUGGAGUCAUGAACACUGACCUUAACUGAGGCAAGUGAGGCCUGCAGUUCUGUGGAUGUUGUUGUGGGGUCUUUUGUGACCUCUUGGAUGAGUCGUCACUGCGCUCUUGGGGUCAUUUUGGUUGGCCGGCCACUCCUGGGAAGGCUCACUACUGUUCCACGUUUUCGCCAUUUGUGGAUAAUGGCUCUCAUUGUGGUUGGCUGGAGUCCCAAAGCUUUUGAAAUGGCUUUAUAACCUUUUCCACACUGAUUGAUCUCAGUUAAUCUCACCUGUGUUUUAACAGGGGGUCAAUCACUUGUUCAUACAGGGCCAUGGAGGUUUGUUUUGUUUUUCUCCCUUUUAAAGUUUCAUUUAAAAAGUGCAUUUUGUGUCCAGUUGUGUUGUCAUCGCCUAAAAUUUAAAUUUGUUUGAUGAUCUCAAACAUUUAAGUGUGACAAACGUGCAAAAAAAUAGGGCACUUUUUCACACCGCCGUAUAUGACCGGAGGGCUCUGCUGUUUUUAAGAACCUACGGCACUUUCUGCUGUUUUUCAAGAUCUACUUCAAUAACGCUAACCAAAGAUCCUCUAUUUGACAGCAGUCACAAAGCCUUUCCAAACAAUAAUGGGUCUAUAAUCCUCCUGAAUUGUUGUUUUCCUGUGAUUUUCCGUCAUGUUUUAUUCAUAGAGGAGAUGACAGCAGUUGAUCUUUUAUCUGGUCACAUUUUGGAGCGUUUUAUAACGUCUUCAUUUAUGGGCGCCCCUGUUUGUGUGUGCUCGAGUGCGUGUUCGCUAGCGCGAGUUAAUGCCCUGAGUUGAUGAGCCCGGAUAUGAAAUGAAAGGUCAGCAGCAGGAAGCCAUUGGCAUGAAGGAGGAGGAAUUAAAGGGGGAUUUGCUGUCACAUCCUACAUCACACCAUGUACUGUAUGUCCGCUCCAAGACCGCUGGAGGAACGUGAAAGCAUGUUAACAUCACGCACGUCCAAGUUGACUCUUUCUUCACGUCAGUGCACAUCUCCAUCUUGUUGACUGACACCAUCUGAUUGCUCCAGGGACUGAUAUUGGAACAAAUAUCAUCCAACCAUCAUCGUCAUUUGCACUUCAACCUCAAGUGUCCUUUUUUCAUCUCAUGGGCUGUUCUUAUUAGCAGUGCUUGGAAGCAUGUAUAGAAAAUAACCUCUACGGAUGUAGACUACAAGUCGGCUCUUCGAGAUUUUUUACGGGGUUUUUUUUGUCACUGACAUACGAUAUAUUGAUUUUACAGGGCUUGUACCACAGAUCUGGACUACAAAGUACUUGUUUGGCUAGCUAGCUAUAACCACCAUCAGAAAAUGAGAUCAAACUAAACUGCAUUCUUUCUCUAAUAAUCACUGACACUGAAAAAGCGUUAUUCUUAUACUGUUUUGAUUUGAUUUUGCUCCUAAUACUGACUUUAAUUCUUGUAAAAUUGUAAGUAUUUAGACUUUAUUACUUUUUUCAGUCUUGACCUAAAAUUCAUAACAACUGCCAAAUACAAAUAGACUCCUGAUCAAAGUUUUAAGACGAGUUGCAAGAAUUUCCAUUUUAAGGAGGUUCUCAGUAGAGCUUCAAAAUGCAACAAGAAACAAGAAAUGGGAGUGAGACAAAAACAUUGAGUAAGUAAUUUGGCAAAGGACAAAAAACACCUCUCUUUGAGCACGGGCAGGUUGUUGAGCUGCAUAAGCAAGGCCUCUCGCAGCGCGCCAUUGCCAGUGGAGGUUGUUCCUGGUGCCGAGUGCAGUCCAGUAACCAUCAGGCGGCAUCUGCGAGAGAAGACUUUUAAGAACAAAAAUCGUCUUCAAAAAAUUGCCAUUUUGGAAUUUGCACGACAGCACCAACCAUACGACACCGAAAAGGUGGAAGAAAGUUUUAUUCUCUGAUGAGACGGUCCUGAUGGCUUCCAACGUUACUGGCAUGACAAGGAGAUCCCACCUGAGAUGUUUCCACACACGGCACAGUGGAGGGGGCGCCAUCAUGAUCCUUCAGUGGAACAAUGGAGCUUCAGGUUGUGCAGGGGCGUCAAACGGUAACUGGCUAUGUGGAGAUGUUGCAGGGGGCGUCCCUCAUGACUGAAGGCCCUCGUCUGUGUGGUAACGACUGGCUUUUUCAACACAACAACGCUGCACUCCCUUACAAAGGACUUCUUCCAGAGGAAUAAGCUCACUCUUUUGGACCAUCCUGCGUGUUCCCCUGAUCUAAAUCCAAUUGACAACAUUUGGGGAUGGAUGGCGAGGGAAGUUUGCAAAACUAGACAUCAAUUCAAGGCAGUGGAUGCAACAUUCGCACUGGAAACACUGACAUCAAGCAUGCCCAAAACAAUUUUUGAGGUGAUUAACAAAAAUGAUGCAGCUACUCAUUACUGAGUCCUUUUUUAUUCCUAUUUUAGAGGGGUUUCAGGUUUUUUUUUUUUUUUUUUUUUUAGCUAUGGUCUUAAACAUUUGAUGCCUUUAGUGGUUGUUUGCAAUAGAUUGCUUCCUCUAAUUUUUUUCUGUCUCCAUUUCUUCUUUUUGCAUUUUUAAGCUCUACUUAGAACCUCAUUAACAGUGCAAAAUUUUGCCCAUUUUUCAACUGGUCUUAAAAUAGCUUUUGGCUUGUUUGUAUUGUGAAACAUGAAUAUUGUAGUCCGUGUGGUCAAAGGUUGCCACAUAUUGCCGUGGUGAGUGCAUCUGUCAGCGUACGACGCACCAAGUUCGAUCUCUAACUCAACACAUUUGCCCUAAACACACCUGUUGGACGGUUUAGCUAAUGCAUCCUGUCAUUGUACACGGUCCUAAUGCACCUUCAAGGGCCCUCCAACUGCUCUCUGCUUCUUCUGUCACCAUGGAGAUUUAGCUAUUUUAGCCUUUAAGAAGGAAAAACAGUAAGAAAACUGGCAGCCAUCAACAAUCCAUUAAGGAGGUGGAAAUUGCGACUGGCCAAAGUUGCCAAGGAAACAAACUAGAAUGGGGAAAAAAAAAAUCUGACUAGAUUGACGGAUGAAUCUGAGCCAGGCGGACUUCCUGUUCCUGCCGAUUCUCCCUGUCCUUUUUCUGCUGUGUUUGGGGCAGCAGAACUUUCUUCCCCAAGGUCCCCAGAAAACAGCAUGGUAAGUUCCUCUUUGGUGCCAAGGGACAUCAAUGUCUGGUGUGUUUGACUGACUUCCCGUUCCUGCCAACUCUCCCUGUCCUUUCUAUGUUGCGUGAUGCAUUAUCCCCCACUGUAAACAUGACCGAGGUAAGCCAUUUUUGGGGGGGCACAAGAUAGAUCGAUGAUGUUGAUGUGACUGUUUCUGCCAAGUCUCCUUGUCCUUGGGGCAGUACAGCUUCUGCCCCAAGUUACCAAGAAAACAGCAGUCAACAUAAAUAAGGUAAGCCAUUUUUCCCUUUUUGGGGCACAAGAUAGAUAAUGUUCUCGGGGUCUGUCUGAUUUCCUGUCCCUGCCAACUCUCCCUGUCCUUUCUCUGCUGUGUUGGGACAGCAUAACACCGUGUCCUAAGUUGCAGUUGAUAACUACACAAUUAAACUAAGCACAGCAACACAAAAUACAGUAGUUACCCGCAUUUUUGCGGUGGCUGAGUGGUUAGCACACAGUCACACAGUCUGGAGAUCGGGAAGACCUGGGUUCAAAUCUCCGUUGGGCAUCUCUGUGUGGAGUUUGCAUGUUCUUCCGGUGCGUGUGUGGGUUUCUCUCCGGGUACUCCGGUUUCCUCCCACAUUCCAAAAACAUGCAUGUUAGCUUAACUGGAGACUCUAAAUUGUCCAUAGGUAUGAAUGUGAGUGGGAAUGGUUGUUUGUCUCUACGUGCCCUGUCAUUGGCUGGAGACCAGUCCAGGGUGUACCCCGCCUCUCACCCGAAGUCAGCCGGGAUAGGCGCAAGCAUACCCACGCAACCCUAAUUGGGAUAAGCGGCAUAGAAAAUAGAUGGAUGGAUGGUUAAAAAAAACAACACCUUUUUCUCUGAAAAUAGGCCCUUUUUUUCCACAGAAAACACAUCUCAUUCACCAGGUGUGCCCAUUACGUCGAUCGCGAGCUACCGGUAGAUCGCCAAGAUAGUUUGGGUCGAUCGCAUACACCUCACUUUGUCAUAUGACAUCAAUCCCCUCCCUGCGGCGUUUCAAGCUACACACGGAGAUGCGACUUUCUUCUUUAUUGUUCUGAUUACGGAUAAACUCCGAGGUAUGUGCCUAUAUUUAUAACAAAAGUUAUCUGUUCAUUUGUAGCGGCUAGUGAUGUAGACAAAAACCUGUAUUGUUUGAUGGCUUUGCUUCACGUCAUGAGCUCCACUACAGGAAUCAGUGUUUUCUACACGUCCGUGUCUUAUUAUUUCACGAUGAAAUGGAAAAUGUGCCCAUUGCUGAAACCUUUUAAAUAUGUUGCCUUGCAUUGUCUUUUGCAGAAUAUUUGGUCAUUCUUGUGCAUCGGUAAUGUUUGAUAGCAAAUGCUAACUGGAUGUAGUACAUCUUACAAAUGUUAAGUAGCUAUUUUGACUGAUUGACUUCCAGUACUCAGGUUAUGUACACAACUGUUGAGGAAUUACACGUAAUCAUCUUUAUUGCCUUAUUGAAUAUUAUUAUGAUAUCAACUACUUUUAAUCACCUGUAAACUUUGAACAUGUUUAAUACAGUACUAAUCAUUAAUAUUUACAAUAGUAUUUCAAAGUUUACUGGUUAGAUUUGAUAUAUGUUACAUGUUUUAUAGAAAGAGGUAGAUCAUUUUGACUCGUAACUUGCAUGCUGAAAAAGCGUGUGAACCCCGAUAUACUGUACAUGUAUAACCUACAUAAAAACCUACUUUUUUAUAGUAAAAAUGUUUUUCUAUAUUUUUAGUAGGAGGUCAAUCUUUGGGACUUGGUCAUUUUAAACGUAGCUCGCAGGCUGAGUCAGUAAUCUAAUAUAAAGAUGUGCUAAUACAGGUAAAGUAUACAGCAUACAUUUACCACUGUUCAAAAAAAAUCCCACCAUGUUUAUGUCUUUAAUUCGUAGCCGAAUGUCAACGGCAAGCUAGCAGGGGGCUUUGGCGGAGAUGGGGAGUGGGACAUGCGUCACAAAUAUACAUUUUUAUGCGCAUCUGAAUUGCUCGCGGACUUACACCAUUCGUGGGCGGUCAUGGACUGUGACCCCUGCGAAAAGUGGGGAUAUACUGUAGUCCACAAAGUCAGGAAAGUUGCGCUAGUCCAGUCUUGCAUAAUAAAGUGAUGACACAUAUACGGGUCAAAGCUCACAUGCUGUAGAGCAGUGUGAGUGCAUCCUAAAGUAGUCAGUAUGCUUCGGGGCUUCUGAUUGGCUAAAAUAGCACUGGACAGCCUGCAUAUGCAUAAUUUCCAGCGUGUGGACAAAUAUUUAUAUAUUUGAUAUAUUUACUGUAGAUGUUUUUAAGCACAGAUAAUUAAAGUCAUUUUUUAUAUUUACAUUUUUUAAAUAUUCUCUUUUGCCUAUUACAGA